AUGAAAUCCGCCCCAAAAACCCUUGGAUAUCCACGCAUGAGCACAAUAUUAAUGGACAAACCUCUUGCAGCCUCGAGAGUCACAGGUAGAGCACGGGUACGGGUAAACCUGCGGUUUAUCGCUGACGGGUGUGGCGGGUACGGGUACAGUGUGGAUUAUGGAGACCCGCACGUACACCGUGCAUACCCGUCACGGUUUACGGUGUUGGACGGGCUGGUUCCUUAUCGGUUCAUAGCGAGCUCCCUGGUGUAUUUUAAUGCUUCAACUGUCAUGAUCCAUUUCAAAAAACGUCGACAGCAUUCCAUGAAGCUCGAUGAUCAUAUUGCGCAUCCUUCUCUAGAGCUGGACGUGAAAGGUAGAGCUGGACAGCGGGAAAUGUGGAUACCUUCAAGCGAAGGGUGUGGUAGCGGUGGAUCUGGGGCCGUGACAGAGAUCGUUGUGGAAUCACAUAUGUUGGGGAAGUGA